AUGGCGGAGAUGGAGGAGCAGCGUGAUGGUGAAGGAGCAAUGCAAAGGAUCACGGGCGACGAUGAGUCCGGCGACGAUGCGAUGGCGGGAAGGCGACAUUGCGGCGACGGCAAGGUAAUGGAAGAAAAUAAUAUUGUUGAUGAUUGUGGUUGGAAGCCGAAAGUGGGAAUGCCAUUUAACUCUAAACAAGCCGCAUAUGACUUUUACAAUACGUAUGGGGGAAAUGUGGGCUUUAGUAUUAUGAAGGCCUAUGCAAACAAGAACAAACAUACGAAGGAGAUAACAUCACAGACGUUUGUAUGUUACAAAGAGGGAAGUCGGGGUAUUAACUUGUCAAAAAUCCGAGACAAGAGGUAA